CUUCCAGUGAGUUGUGUCAAAAAUAAUCAAUUACUAAUUUAUUCGUAAUUUCCAUAUUUAUCGACGUCUAGUCAUCAAUAGUUUUUCAAAUUCAUAGUUUACUUUUUAAGGUCUCUUUCUUAGACAACAAAUAUGAGCUCCCAUCAAUCAAUAGAUCAAUCAAGGGAAGUGAAGCCAUCGUCUGGAGCUGUCAAAAUUGUUGAAAAACAAGCACAACGAAGAAUCUUUAAAAUUAUAGUAAUUGGUGACUCUAAUGUUGGUAAAACGUGUUUGACAUACCGCUUUUGUAGUGGAAAAUUUCCUGACAAGACUGAAGCAACCAUAGGGGUUGACUUUAGAGAAAAGACUGUGGAUUUAGAUGGGGAACAAAUAAAGCUUCAGCUUUGGGACACUGCUGGCCAAGAGAGAUUUAGAAAAAGUAUGGUACAACAUUAUUACAGAAAUGUGCAUGCUGUUGUAUUUGUGUUUGAUGUUACAAAAAUGAGCUCCUUUGAAAAUAUGCCACAAUGGAUAGAAGAAUGUGAUCGACAUAACUUGGACAAAAAUCUUCCCCGUAUAUUUGUGGGCAAUAAAUGUGACAUGAAAGAUAAAAUAGCAGUAAACACAAAUUUAGCCCAGAAAUUUGCAGAUAGUCAUAACAUGCCGUUAUUUGAGACCUCAGCAAAGGAUGAUGAAAAGGCCAAUCAUGUGGAUGCUAUAUUUAUGACAAUGGCGCAUAAACUGAAAAAUGCCAAGCCCAUGAUGUCACCACACAUGUCACGUUAUACCCCAGGUGAAAUAAGAGAGGUGAUUAAUGUACGGGCUAGUCCACAUCAUAGAGGUCUUCAAUCUAUUAAUCCUAAUGAAGAAAAAACUGAUAACUGUGCUUGUUGAUAUUAUACUGACAGUAGUUUUAAAAUACAUUUUAUAUACCACAUCACAUCAAUUUAAAAUGUAUCCCUUUUGAGAAUCGAGACUAAUAUAUCUAAACUAACAUAAAGUUUCUUGGCUGUUCUAAAACAUCUGCCAUUUGUAUUUUUCAAAUUUAUUUAGAGACUCUUUUUGUUAAACAUAGUGAUAUUUACUAUUCUUUGUCAGAUGCAAUGAUAUAUGCGGUUUCAGAUCUUGUGGCUGUAUUCAAAUCACUGUGAUUUUACUAGUUGCUAUGCUUAUUUCAGUUAUUGCAGGCUUAAUAAAUAUCCUAGAUCUCUAAUUUCAAUUUUCCAGGUCGUUAGGAGCAUCAUAUUUUCAGAUCAAAAUAAGUUUUGUGACUGGACAGUGAAACCAAUGGCCUUAUUAACCUUGAAGGAACAUAUCUUUCAAAAACUUGUAUUAUGAUAAUAUACACUGAUCUGUUUCUGCAUUCUUUACUGAAUGUAAAAAUUCCUUUAUAUUUAUUGGUAUCUUAGAUGUAGCACCAGAUUGGUAUUAAAUGUUCCUUAAGGAAAAUCAAAUGGAAUUGAAAUUACUAUGAUUUAAUUUAAUAAUAAUAUGUAAAGUCUGAUUUACUGAAAUUGAGUGCAAUCUUUUUAUCGCCCUGGUACAUUAUAACUGUGACGAUAUGAAUCUCCCAUUUUAUUUCUCAAUAAGGAAAAGGGUUUCUUUGUUUAAAAUCCAUUUUGUCAUAGUUUUUAAACAAAAAUAUGGUGUA